UCUCGAUCUUUUAUGAAAUGAGACUGAAAUUUAUGCUAACAUGGCGGCGCCCUUGAAAAGUUUCGCCGAUCGGACAACUGCAGUGAUUUUAAGUAAUUGUGUGAAAAAACGCUUUUCACUACCUGGGAGCAGUUACUCGAAGAGAUCGAGUGGAACGUAUUCUUCAAAUAGCGAUGAAAAUUACUGCGUUGAUCUGGUUAGAAAACAUGACUAUGAAAACUUCCUGUGUACCCUUUUACUGCCAGAGUCUUACAGGUCAGCUGCAUUUGCCAUCAGAGCAUUCAAUGUGGAGAUAGCACAGGUUAGAGAUGUAGUAACUGACAAGAAAGUAGGGCAGAUGAGGAUGCAGUUUUGGAAAGAUUCAAUAGAAAGAGUUUUCCAGGGUAACCCUCCUGAAAGUCCAAUAUGCCUACAGCUUGCCAGGGAAUUAGAAACUAAGAAGUUCUCGAAGGCCUGGUUCAAAAGGAUUAUAGAGAAGAGGGAUGCACAGUUAUCAGAUCAAGGAUUCAAGAGCAUAGCAGAGUUGGAGGAGUAUGCAGAGAAUACAGUGUCUUCCAUACAGUAUCUUUUACUACAGGCUGCAGGUGUUGAAGAUAUUCAUGCAGACCAUGCAGCCAGUCAUAUAGGUAAAGCAGUGGGUAUAGUCACCGCACUGAGGUCGGUGCCAUAUCACUCUGGCAGAGGGAGAGUUUACAUCCCAUAUGAACUACUCAUGAAGCACAAUGUAUCAGAGACGAGUAUAGCUAGGGGAAGUCAGGAGCAGCCAGUUAGGGAUGCCAUGUUUGAUAUUGCCAGCCAAGCACAAAGUCAUUUGAAAAAGGCUAGAACAUUGCAACCAAAUAUCCCCAAGGAGGCAUAUGUCACUUUUUUGUCAACAGUGUCCUGUAAUUCCUACCUGCAGCAGCUACAGGAGUUUGACUUUGAUGUCUUUCACUCAAAAUUGCAGCGAAGAAAACACUUUUUACCCCUCUCUCUUUGGUGGCACAAGUCAAGGAAGAAGUAUUAAAUUAUCAAAAUAAUAUAGAUGGAACUUUAGAAUUGAUAUCUGAGCUAUUUGGCCUUGGAACUCAUUUAUUACUCAGAUUGAUUAUAGGGAAUUUUGAAACAAGAAUCUUUUUUUAUUUUUAUUUUUUUUUUUUUUGAGACCAGUUUGUGCUUUAUGCAAGACAUGAAACACGAGGUUCGAAAAUGCAGAGGCACAUUUUCAUCAGGGGGUAUUCCAGAAAUUGAGUCUGGACAUCCCCAUCGGCAAAUAUAUUUGGGAAAUUACAAUAAGGA